AUGGGUAGGGGAAAGAUAAAUAUUUCAAGGAUAGAGAACAAAACCACAAGGCAAGUGACUUUUGCGAAACGCAGAGCUGGGCUUCUGAAGAAGACUCAUGAGCUCUCUGUGUUGUGUGAUGUCCAGAUCGGCCUAGUCAUCUUCUCAAGCACUGGGAAGAUGUUUCAGUACUGCAGUGACUCAACAAGUAUGGAUGACAUGAUAAGAAGGUACCAGUAUUCUUCAGGGACUCGUAUACCACAACACAGUGACGCGGAUAUUCUUAAUGCUGAGAUAAGAAAAAUCAGGAAAGAAACUCAGGACCUCCAUCUGAGCUUGCAACGCUACACCGGUGAGGAUCUGAGUUGUGUGCGAUUUGAGGAUUUGGAGGAGCUCGAAAAUCGGCUAGAGGAGUCUGUCAACAGGGUUAGAGCUAGGAAGUUUGAGAUCUUGCAACAAGAGGUUAACAAUCUUCGCAUAAGUACUAAACAGAGGGAGGAACAGAAUGAUGAACUAUGCCAUCUGAUCAAGGAGCAUCAGGCUGCAGUCUUUACUCAUCAGCACCACUAUCAGCAGCAAAUGGGAAUGGAACCAAGAUCUGAGGAGCAUCGACAACUAAUGGAGCAAUUCCCAUUCUGUGGUGAAGAACAGCCUUUGCUUCAGCUUGCAACUACGUCCAUGCAGCCUCAGUUUGCAGCUUACCCGGCUAGUUCUAGUUCUCUCCCACCUAAUCCACCACACCUUCACGAGUUCAGUCUCAACACCCCCAUCUAUGAGUGAUGAUAAUAAUUGAUCGAUGAUAGUGGCUUCAGCUUGCUCGGAUGCAUCAAGUACAGCUGGGAUUUAUGGCUCUGCAAAUUAGUGAAUUACUUUAAGGCUUUAGUAUGGACUUAUAUAAUUAA